CUUCCCUCAAUGCUCCCACUCCUCUUCCUCCUCUUCCUUUUCUCUUUCUUCUGCUCCGUCGACGUUACGACGUCAUUCCCCGCCGAUGCCGACCUCUCCCACUGCACCCAAACCUUCGACUGCGGGCCCUUCCGGAACCUCACCUACCCCUUCACCGGAGGGAGCCGCCCCUCCUACUGCGGCCCGCCAGAGUUCCACCUCAGCUGCGUCGAUGACUCGCCCGAGUUGACCAUCUCGUCGCUGAGCUACCGGGUUCUCAAACUCGACCCGGUUCACCAGAACCUCACCCUCGCCCGCUCCGACCUCUGGAACUCGACCUGCACCAACAAAUUCGCGAACUCGACUCUCGAGUCCGAGUUCUUCACCUACGAUGAGGACGACAACAUCGACGUCACCAUUUUCUACGGCUGUAAUUCCACCUUAAUCACUCCUAAACCUAAGAAUUGGUUUUUCUGCGACCUUAACUUGACUUUCGACGACGCUUAUUACGUGAUCGGGCCCGUACCGCUUGAUCCUAUCGUGAGCGCGUUCAAGUGCUCCGUUGGGAUUACGGUGCGGAUUCUCAAAACCACGGCGGCGAUGCUGGUCGCCAACCGGUCUCUGUUUGGAGAGGCGAUCAUGACCGGCUUCAAUGUCAAUUAUACUAACCCGUACGAGAAGCAGUGCGCUAAGUGUCUCAAUGUCUAUGGGCUUUGCGGGUUUGACUCGGAUAAGAACCGACCCGUUUGCAUUUGCGGCAAUCGAGUCUGUAACCCAGCAGGAAAUAAGCCGCAUAUCAAAAUAGGUCUUGCUGUAGGAGGUGCAAUUCUUUUCGGUGUUUUCGUAGGGUUCUAUGUAUAUUAUUUCAUCCAACGCAAGAAGAAGAAACUUGCUGCACAGACUCAAAGCAAAGAGCUUCCUACACCCCUUACUAGCAAGGAUGUUACUACUCCCUCGACUGAUCUCUCGCAAUUUCAGAGCAUCCCGUCUUAUCCCUCUUUUACCUCCAAGUCUGACUACGACAAUAAGGGGAGUACUUACUUUGGAGUUCAGGUCUUCAGCUAUAAUGAAUUAGAGGAAGCCACUGAAAAUUUCAACCCCGCUAAAGAGCUUGGAGAUGGAGGCUUUGGCACUGUUUACUAUGGUAAGCUACAUGAUGGCCGCGUAGUUGCAGUGAAGCGCCUUUAUGAAAACAAUUUCAAGCGUGUGGAGCAGUUUAUGAACGAGGUCGAGAUCUUGACUCGUCUUGAACACCGGAACCUUGUCAAGCUGUAUGGAUGCACCUCAAGACGCAGCCGGGAACUCCUCCUUGUUUAUGAGUAUAUUCCUAAUGGGACAGUGGCUGACCAUCUCCAUGGGAAACGAGUGGAAUCCGGCUGUCUUAGUUGGCCUGUUCGAUUGAGCAUCGCCAUAGAGACAGCUGAUGCACUGGCUUUCCUCCAUCGCAAUGAUGUUAUACACCGUGAUGUCAAGACCAACAAUAUUCUCAUAGACAACGACUUUUGCGUGAAAGUGGCUGAUUUCGGUCUGUCGAGAUUGUUCCCCAACGAUGUCACCCAUGUGUCAACCGCUCCAGGGACUCCUGGCUAUGUCGAUCCUGAGUAUUACCAGUGCUAUCAACUCACAGACAAGAGUGACGUAUAUAGCUUUGGGGUGGUCUUGAUCGAGCUUUUAUCGUCUUUACAAGCCGUGGACACCAACAGGCACCGGCAUGACAUAAAUUUGGCCAACCUGGCUGUCAACAAAAUCCAAAACCAUUUAGUGAAUGAGCUGGUGGAUCCUCAUCUCGGGUAUGAAACAAACUACUCUGUUAGGCGAAUGACAACAGCUGUGGCAGAAUUGGCGUUCCGGUGUUUGCAACAGGAGAGGGAUAUGCGACCAACCAUGGACGAAGUGUUGGAGGGUUUGAAAGCAGUCCAAAACGAAGAUCUUGGUCAGAAAACGGCCGAAGCAGUGGUGCUGGAUAUCCGAUCAGACGAGGUUGGACUAUUGAGGAAUAUGCCACCCCCGCUUUCACCGGACUCGAAUGGAGCUGAUAAAUUGGUUAGCGGCUCUACCACACCUAGUUCCUUUUAGCAGUAGAGAUUUCCAUAUCCUCCUUCCUGUUUUUUUCAGUGAGCUUCAGCCUUCAGUUCUAAAUUAGAUGGUAAAAGUAUUGUAUACACUCAUAAGCAGAUGUUAAAACUUAAUGUCUUUCCAUAUUGGUUGGUUUUCGUUUGAUGUUGAUACAAGAUACUUUGGAGAAGCAUCAUCACUAUUUGGUGCAUGCUAGGCGGGCAUUGUACAUAAACAUAGGAAACCGUCAGUGGAAUUUGUGUUUGUUCUUAUUUGCUUAUCAGCUUUACGGACCUAAGUUUAGUUAAGUUGACUGAAGCAGUGUGUUCUA